CCGCUAGGAGUUCAAAGCAAUUUCCAUUUCAUAAGGGGCGUGGGGCUCAAGCUGAAGAUGGCUUCAGCGUUGGGAUGGUACGGUCCCCUUAUAGAUCUCUCGAGGGCAUCUUCUCACAUCGGCGAUUUCGUUCAGCUUCUCCUCUUCGUUCAUCACUCCACUCCGCUUCAGUGUAAGUCUUCCAAAGGACGAUACCGGAUCAGGACAGACAUUCAAGUCGGGGAUGAUACGAGGCCGUAUUUUGUAGUGUCUGUUUGGCAGAAGAGUAUGGAAUCCAUGAUAUCAGUGGGAGAUGUUAUACUAUUACAAAAUGUGAAGAUAGUAAAAUUUGGAGAUAUUGUUGAGGCCAGAACUGUUCAGUGGUCGUCACUACUUUGUUUGAUCCACCCUUACGAGUUACUUAUUUCAAAGGAUAUAGAAGAAUUGGUGGCAGGCUGUCGCGUUGGGAUAAACAGCAAGGACAAACUUAGGAAGGUCAUAAAGUGGGUGCAGCAGUCUAGACCUAACAUAUGCAGCACAAACUCUUAUCAACAAACAGGGCAUCUGCCCAAAAACUGGAAAGUGGUAGAAGAGCGAAUUCCUACAGACUGUUUUUCACUUUCAGAACUAUCUCAACUGACAUCGUCUUGCAAAGCUAUAGUCAGUGCAUUUAUUGGUGAAAUUUUUCUACAAGCGAGCACAAUGGAUCUUGGUGAUACUGAGAAAGAGAAGAUUUUCCUUAGCAGGAGAGUUUAUAAAACUGGGGAUAAUAACUUAGUGGAAGAUCUCAUAUGCACUGGCUGUCAGCUUUGUGGUUCACCCAUGGGGACAAAAUAUGAUCAGAAUGUUAUUCCACUGAUUUGUUCGAAAAGCUCAAGUGGCCUUCAUACAGUAUGUUUGAUAUAUAGGCCUUUCAUGCUAUAUUUGUGGGAUGAAUCAGACUACAUGCCGAUUCUCGUCAAGAACAGAGCUGCGGAAAUCUUGUUUGGGAACAACAAGGCUGAAAAAGUAUAUUCAAGUUACAGACAGCAAAAGCUAAAUAAAAGUCCUGAACUAAGCCGUGAAGAUAAGGCUGAAGAUUCUACUUCCAGAUUCAAAAAUAGCCUGAAUGGUUCUGCGAAAGGACUGUUCAGUUCCUGUCCCUCAAGUGCCGAUAAUAGUUUGCAAUUGGAGGGAAAGCAACGUCAUGCUGCAGGCUUCAACUCUUAUCAGAUCUGGUUAAUUUUUCUGAAGCUACUGCUGCAACAAGGAAAGAACAGUCCCCUGAAAUUUGAGAUUACCGUUGAUUCCACUUUAGCUACAGAAAAUGGGAAGUUCGAAAUGGUUUCUGCAUUGUUGCCCUGCUACAGAAGUAUGUGA